GUAUCUAAACAAGGCCAUAGUAUAUAAGAAGAGGGCAGCUAGGGAAAGCAAGCCAUCCCAAGUGACUGCAUGCGUGCCUGACUUAGGAGGAGGUAGUAGGAACGAAGAAGCAAACUAAACCAGUGCACACGAUGGGUGGCACCUACCUGCCCCUCGCCGCCCUCGUCCUCGCCACCGCCGUCACCCUUCUUGUCGCCACAUCUGCCGUUCCGGUGGCCGCCGCCGCCGCCAACAACAACAAGUAUUACAGUGGCAGGAUGGUCAUCAUCCGCGCACCAGGGGCAACGACGGUCGUCGUCUCUGCUGGCGGUGCUCUUAACAAGUGGCGGCGGCAGCAGCAGCGGCGGCGGCGCCUGGUGGAGGACGAGGUGGCGCCGGAGUUCGUCGGCCUGCUGGGGGCGGGCAACGGCGGCCAAGUCUCCUAUAAUGCCGAGAACAAGGACAGGCCGGUUUGCCUGCCGGACGGCUCGUGCGCCGCCCGGGGAGGUUCGUACACCCGGCCGUGCACGUACAAGGACCACUGCCCGCACUGACGUCCAUGAGCACGUAGUACGUUCGAGAGGCGAUGCAUAUGCAUGCCUGUGUGUGUGUGUGUGUGUGUGUGUGUUCUCGUUGUUGCAGCCGCACAAAUAAGUGAAUAAGUGAACCCCAGUGCAGUAUGUACGUGCGUGCGUGCAUCAGCAGUUCGAUCAGCCUGUUUGGUCUCACAGUAUAUAUCCUGCAUCUCGUCGAUC